AUGUUUUUUCAUUUAACAUUAGAAAAAGAUUUACAUAUGCAUCCAAAACAUUGUGGACCAAAUUUAUUUACAAUUGCAACACAACAACUUUAUAGUGAAGUAGAAGGUACAUGUACAGGUAGAUAUGGUUUUAUCAUUACAAUUACAUCGGUUGAUUUCUUAUCUAAAGGAAAGGUAUUAGAAUCAUCAGGUUAUGUAGUUUUCAAUGUUAAAUAUAAAGCAAUCAUUUUCAAACCGUUUAAAGGUGAGGUUUUAGAUGCAAUCGUUACAAAAGUAACAAAUCUUGGAUUUUUUGCAGAAGCAGGUCCACUUUCAAUUUUUGUAUCAACUCAAUUGAUCCCAUCUGAUAUGAUAUUCGAUGCACAAAGUGCUGUACCAUGUUUUGUUUCUGAAGAUGGUUCAUCAAAAAUCAGUAAAGAUGAUGAAGUUAGAUUACAAAUUAAAGGUACUCGUGUUGAUGCUACCGAAAUUUUUGCAAUUGGUUCAAUCAGAGAAGAUUAUUUAGGUGUCAUUGGUUAA